AACGGAAUAAACAAUCGAAGCUUGUAUUCACUUGCACUGGCAAUUAAUUGUCGUAAUGAUGAAUAGAUUAAUAUCUGUAACACUGUACACUGCAACCGGAUUAAUCACCACGGAAUUAAUUUGGAAACUAUGGAAAAAUUACUUGAGAGAAAAAAUACUGAGCAGAGAAGAUGAAGACAAAGAUAAAGAUGAAGAUGAAAAUAAUAAACUGAUAAGUGAAGUAUUUUUUUUUGCUGAAGAUUCGAUGGGAUGCCGGGCGCAUGCAUCUAGGAAACGACCAUGUGGUUCAAGAUGUCCUAUCAAUUGUAUCAAUCGCAUAAUUCAUUACAUGGACAGCAGUACCAAAACCCUCGACGUCUGUAUGUACAUCGUAACAUGUCAGGAAAUAAUAAACGCGAUUUCGCGUGCCCACAAGAGGAAAGUAAACGUCCGAGUUAUUGCCGACGCCAGUAUGUCAGAAAAUUCAGCAUGCGGUGAUCAGUUGACGCGCCUGAGACGCACAGGCAUUAAAGUGAGGAUCCAGCGAUCAAAGGCCUCAUUGAUGCAUCAUAAAUUUACCGUAAGUGAUAAGCAGACUCUGAUUUACGGGAGCACUAACUGGACAAUGCAGGCGUUCUUCGGAAAUUACGACGGAAUAAUUGUUACCAACCAGAAACAACUCGUCGUUCCUUUUAACGAUGAGUUUGACAGAAUAUGGGAACGGUUGAAAUAAACUUCCAACUCUGACAUUUAUAUUUUAGACGAUAAGUUGAAUCGAGUAUUGAUAGAUUUUAGUUAUUAUCGCAUUAUUUAUAAGUCGAGUUCAUGUUGAUAAGGAUCCAAUCACUUGGAAUUUUUUUACCUGACGUUUAAAAUAUCUGACAAUUUUUUAAAAAAUUUUUUAAUAUCUCAAUAAAUAGUUGAUGAAUGUCAUCAAUCAUUCAUUGGAUUGAUAAAUGAAAUUAAAAUAGCUUGAUAAAAAAUUAAUCAGUAAUUUAUAAUAAUAAAAUAUAAUUUCGUACUCGAGCGGAUGGCAGAGCAAUUUUAAAUAUUAAAAGAUAAUUUGAUUUAAACAUCGGGACAUUAAAUGUAUUACUGGUGCAUUUACCUCAAUAUUUAUAGUCAUCUCAUAAUAAAUGUAUGAGUCUAUAUAUAUAUAUAUAUAUAUUUAUAUAUGUUCGGUAAUUUAAAAGAGUUAAAACCAUUUCUUUACACGAUGCGCUCGAUUAUUAUAUCAGUAUUACGACAUGAACUUGAAAAAUAUACUUAAGCAUAAGCCAGUUGCGUGGGUUACUCGUGUUUUAAUGUAUGUGCAAAAAUACCCACACGAUUUGUUAUUGCUAUGCAUAUUAAAUAUAAAUAUAAAUAUAUAUCUAUCAGCCGUUAAUUGUUUGAAUAAUUUAUCGAGUGCGCGAUGCUGAGAAAAGUAAAAGUUUUUGCAGCGAGAGAUU